UCUUACGGCAGCAAGACGCCUGUCCAUAGGGCUGCUAUAUAACACCUCCCACCCCAAGACUAAGGGAGAGAAAGCAGGAAAGGAACCAACGAGGAGGAGGGAGUCCAAGGUCCCCAGCUUUGUCUCGGUCUCAUCCCUUCUGUUCUCCUUCCCUUAUCUCAUUCCAACCAUCAAUUCUGCCCAUCUGCCCUGUGAUGCCUCCCAAUCUGACCGGCUAUUAUCGAUUCGUCUCCCAAGACAACAUGGACGGUUACCUUCGGGCUUUAGACAUUAAUGUGGCCCUGAGAAAACUGGUUUGCUUCCUGAAGCCAGACAAGGAGAUAAUCCAUGCUGGAGAUCACAUGACCAUCCGCACAAUCACCUCACUGCGCAACUACAUUAUGGACUUUGACCUGGGAAAGGAGUUUGAAGAGGACCUGGGGCCAGUGGAUGGACGCAAGUGCCUGGUGAGAGGGCUGAGAGGACCGACCAGCGACUUAAAGGGCAGCUUGACUGUGACAGUCGUCUCCUGGGAAGGGGAUCAGCUGGUAUGUGAGCAGCAAGGAGAGAAGAGGAACCGGGGCUGGAGGCAUUGGCUAGAGGGGGACCAUCUGCAUCUGCGCAUGACAGCAGAAGAUGAGGUUUGUGUACAGAUCUUCCAGAAAGUGAAGUAACCACAACACCAUCCCAGUACUGGGCACUAACCCAUUUGGACAGAACUAGUUUCAUUGCAGAGUCAAGACCAAAGCUAUCAAAUCUGCUCCCCACCCCCCCCUGCUUUGGAAUAAAAAAUACAAGUGGCCAAAA